UCCAAAGUACCUCUGCAGUUUACAGCCUCUCGGCCGGACAAUGACGUUAUCACAGCGGGGCAGUGCCCGGAUGUUAUCGCACAUUCCUGUUUGCUGCUACCUGUGAUAUAUAAUAGGUGACACAUGACAGAUGAGUGCAGUGUGCAGGUAGACUGUAACGGGGAAAGACUUUCUGCAGCUGAAGAUGAGUGAAGAGGAGGUUAAAGCUUUGGUCUUUGAUAUUGGCUCAUUUUCAGUACGUGCCGGCUUUGCAGGAGAUGACUGUCCUACGGUAGAUUUUCCUACAUCAGUUGGUGCAGUACUUGACAGAGAAGAUGGAAGCACACCACCAAAGUAUUACAUAGAUCCUAACAUUCAUGACGUGUGCCAGGAGAACAUUGAAGCCAUAACACCAUUAAAAGAUGCAAUGAUUGAUGACUGGGAGAGUUUCCAGGCUAUUUUAGAUCAUACAUAUAAAAGGCUUACAGAGUUUAAAACUAGAUUACAUCCGGUAUUGAUGUCUGAACCUGCGUGGAAUACAAGAGAGAAAAGAGAGAGACUGACAGAACUGAUGUUCGAGCACUACAAUAUUCCAUCAUUCUACCUCUGCAAAUCUGCAGUUCUUAGGGCAUUUGCUAAUGGCCGACUCACUGCUCUGGUAUUGGAUAGUGGUGCCACACAUACUACUGCCACUCCAGUACUUGAUGGACGUGUACUUACUCAAGGCAUUGUAAAGUCACCUCUGGCUGGAGACUUCAUUACCCUUCAGUGUAGAAAGUUAUUGCAAGAAAUGAAUGUGGACCUAAUCCCUCCAUAUAUGAUAGCUUCUAAGGAGGCAGUGCCAGAGGGAGAACCAGCUAUCUGGAGGAGAAAUGAAGAGCUGCCCAAUGUCACUCAGUCCUGGCACGAUCAGAUGUGCAGUUCUCUAAUACAUGACUUUAAGAAGUCUGUGCUACAAGUUUCAAGUACAGCUUAUCAUGAGAAUGUGGCAGCACAUAUGCCUACAGUCCACUAUACAUUUCCUAAUGGUUACAAUCGUAAAUUUGGAGUUGAACGACUAAGAAUUGUGGAAGGACUGUUUAAUACUUCAAGUGUUAAGGAUGUGCCUGAUGACAUUGAGCUUGGAGUCAGUGAAAUUGUGCUAAAAAGUGUUGAACUGUGUGACAGUAAAAUAAGUUCUAAAUUGUAUGGCAAUAUCAUUGUGGCAGGAGGAAAUUCCUUGUUACAAGGGUUCACUGACAGACUCACAAAAGAUCUCUCAAAUAAAACAAAGAACAUAAAACUGAAGCUGAUCACAAAUGAACUAGCAGUAGAAAGAAGGAGGCUCAGUUCUUGGUCUGGUGGUUCCACCCUUGCUUUGAUGGGAACCCAUCUGCCAAACUGGAUUUCAAAAAAGGAUUAUGAAGAAGAAGGAAAACAUUGUGUGGAGAGAAUCUGCCCUUAGUUCUGCUUUACAGAACUCGUAAAUCACUCAGAUCUAGUAAUCUCUCUGGCAAUGCAAUUUACCAGUUUUAUAUGGAACACAGAUAAUAGAAUAAUGAUAUGUGAUUUACCAUGUAGGUUAACCUCGAACAAACAUUUUACAAUUUAAAAAUCCUGAAGUACAGAAUGUAAUGCGCUUCAAAGCUGCAUUCACAAUUAGUCAGGCCUCAGAAUGUACAUCUCCUUGCAUUCCUAGCACUACAGGAUUGCUUUCUGAUCAAUUCAUUUUAAUAUCUUAACAGACUACACUAUUUUGUGUCUCCAAAAAGCAAUAAAAGCGUAGCGGAGUGGAAGCGGAAGUGAUUUAUUUUUUUGGGGCUCUCAUAGGAAUAUGGCCAACAUCAAAUGAGACUGAAGAAGAAUCUAAUAAACAAUCACUUCUCUUUGUUUUGGUCACAUUAAUAUUUGCAGCCAUACUACAAGUUUCUAUAUGUUGUCAGUGGACUUUAAUCUUUAAUAAAGUAUA